CCAUAUAAGCACGAAACCCUACUUCUCCAUUCUUCUCUGAGAGAUAGUGAGUGAGUUAUACGAUCGCCGCCGGCAGCAACAACCAUGGCAACCGCAAGGACAGUGAAGGAUGUUUCUCCACACGAGUUCGUCAAAGCUUACUCCGCUCAUCUCAAGCGAUCUGGAAAGAUGGAACUUCCUGAAUGGACCGAUAUUGUGAAGACUGCAAAGUUUAAGGAGUUGGCUCCUUAUGAUCCUGACUGGUACUAUAUCAGAGCUGCUUCCAUGGCAAGGAAGAUCUACAUGAGGGGAGGACUUGGUGUUGGUGCUUUCCAGAGGAUUUAUGGUGGAAGCCAGAGGAACGGUAGUCGUCCACCUCAUUUCUGCAAGAGCAGCGGUGCUAUUGCUCGUCACAUUCUUCAACAAUUGCAGAACUUGAAUAUCAUUGAGAUGGACACCAAGGGUGGCAGAAAAAUCACUUCCAAUGGGAGGAGGGAUUUGGACCAAGUUGCCGGAAGGAUUGUUGUUGCUCCUUGAUCUGUCAUCUGCUUCUAGGUUUUGAGUUCUGUGUUUGAGAGAUCUUAUAACAGAUAAUGUGAAAUUUUGAUUUUAGUUAUGAGUGUCUUAUGUAUUAGACUCAUUUAAUCUAUGUUCCUUUUUAGUUUUUCAAAUGUUAUUGUCACAUUUUAUUUUAUUCACUGGAUUUUUUGGAUUUUCA